UUCUACUUCAUUCCCUGUGGGUACAGAUACAGACUAUAAAACAGCUAGCUGCAGUCUAGAGUUGCCUCUUCAGCACCAGAGUGCCCCACUCUUUACUGUCAUCUGUCGCCUGGCCAUUUUGGUUCAAUAUCAUCUGUGGACAAAGGGAUACAGAAAACUGACACCACACUGAUCUUGCGAACACAGUCUUUGUUUGGCUCGAACAUCUUCUCUUGACACUACAACAAAUUCAAGCACCAUGCUGUCUAACUCAAUAGCAAAUGCUUCUACCCUGACUGCUGCCACUGGAUUCUCAUUUGGUGUCCCAACGACUUCGGCUAGAACCUUUGAUAAUGUAACUUUGGGAUUUGGACUAGAAUUCCCUGGAGUGGGUGGAGCAGCUUCUACUCCAUCUACUACUACUUCGACGACUACCACCACCACUGUCACCACCAACACCACUACUACCAUCAGCAGUGACUUUACCCUGAAUCUGGAAUCGCUGACAUCAACUGGGAUUAAUAGCACCUUUCCAGGCAGAGUUAUUUCUGUACCUUUUACUUCGACUGUUAAUGCAAUAGUAACCCCUGUGAUGACAUAUGGUCAUCUGGAAGGUCUGAUAAAUAAGUGGAACUACGAGCUACAAGAUUAUGAGAAUCACUUUCUUUACCAGGCAGCCCAGAUCAGUUAUUGGGAUCGUGCAUUACUUGAGAAUGGUGAGAAGAUUAUCACUUUACAUAGAGAAGUGGAAAAAGUGAAACUAUACCAGAAAAGGUUGGAACAAGAAUUGGAUUUUAUCCUGUCGCAACAGAAUGAAUUGGAAAAAAUGCUGAUUCCUUUACAGGGGUCUGUGUGGGACCAGAAUGCGCCUAUUUAUCUACAGCAUGCAACUGAGGAGCAUGAGAGGACUUAUAGAUUAACAGAAACUAUAGAUGCUCAGCUGAAACAAAUGGCCCAAGAUCUCAAGGACAUUAUUGAACACCUGAAUGCAUUUGGAAGUCCUGCUGACACUACUGAGCUGCUCCAGCAGAUCUGCAAAUCCCUGAAUGUUCAUAUGGACUCACUGCAGUGGAUUGAUCAGAGUUCAGGCAUGCUGCAAAGGAAGGUAGAAGAGGUAACACAGAUUUUCGAGGAAUGUCUUCGCAAGGAGCAGGAACGCAAAGUCAAGAUUGCUUUUGAUUGAAUGACCACAUCUUCAGCAUGUUAAUUUUGGAUUAUUCAUUACCUACAACUUUUGAUGAUGUUAAAUAUCGUAUUUAGAGUUACUAUUUAACCUUUAGUAUUUACAGUUACUAUUUAACCUUUGGUUGCAAAAAGUGUGCAUGUGUGUGUGUGUUUGGUUUUCCACUUAAAUAUUGUACCACUGAGAAUUAUACUGUAGUUUUGCUUUCAGUAUUAGCAAAUUAAAACUCCUUUAAGCCCCUUAAUCCAGGCAGCAACCUGUUAGAGGUUGACUCUGUGUAAUUUAUAUUUUUUCCUCUUAGAUUUCACAUCUGACCACUAACAAACAUUGUCUUUCUCACUCCAGCUGACUUGUGAAGAGAUGUUUGCCAAAAAAAUACAUGCCAACCUGUCUUUGCUAUGUGCCUGUUACGUUUAAUGUAUAGUGUUAGAUACUGUAAAGUCUCUCUCUUCAAAGGAACUUACAGUCUAGUUUCAGAUAUGAUGAUUGCUUGUGUAUAAAAAACGUAGACAAUAUGAGAAAGUGUAUUAUGAAAAACAGAAAGUAUAUGGUCGAAAUUCAGAGAAAAGAGGGAAAGUUAUAGUACAUUUGAGACUUCAGUUUGAUUGUUUUCAACGGAUAAGGUUCUGUUUAGUUGUUUUCAAUGUAGAGAUAUUCAGGUGUUUUAUUUGGUUUUAGCAUUUGAUUUAUAGUUGCUAGUUUUCAAGUGUUUGUUUAUUCGGUUUUUUUAAGGCCUUGUUCUUAGCUUUGGAAAAGUCUGUUCUCUUGUGUUUCAUGCUUUACUCAAGUCAAAUAAAGGUGAUGUUCUAAAAU